AAAAAAAAAAAAAAAAAAAAAAAAGGAAUAUUUUAUCUCUUUUUUCUUUUUCCUUAUAUAAAAAUAAAAAAGAUGCUUAAGAAUUGUUGUUUUUGUAUAAAUCUUCGAACUGCAACAUUAGUUUUAGCAGUCUUGGGAGCCAUUACUCAUCUUUAUGGGGCCAUGACCUUAACUGCUUUAUCGGAUGAAUUUGAAGAAGCUGAUACAGGUGCACUCUUUGGUUUAACUGCAUAUUCAUAUUUUUCUGGUUUUGCAUGUUUAGCAGGAGCGAUAGGUGUCUUGAAGAAAAAUAUUAAACAUCUUUGUUUAUUUAAUACUUAUUAUUGGGCAGAUUUAGCUCUUCAUACCAUCUUUUCUAUCGCUAGUGCUUAUUUAUUAUUUAGUCUUCAUUCAGAACUCUGUAAAGAACUUGUCAGUGAAGCACAAGAUGUCGAGUUUGAUAUGUCAACCUGUGAAUAUGUUUACAUUAGAGGUGCAUGGUUUGUGACGAUUGCAAUGGCUGUUAACAUGCUUUUGAAACUUCAUUUUGCCUUCGCUAUUCAUUCUUAUAUGAAACAAGUCAAGAAAGAAAUUGAAGAAGAACAAACUACUGAGGUCAUUGUUAUCAAUAAGCCAGUUUAUGACAAGCAACCUGUUAUGUAUGUUGCUGGACAAGAGUAUGUUCCCAAUGAAAAAAAAUAAAUAAAGAAAUAAAAAAAAAAAAAAUAAAGAAUUAUUAUUGUUACUGGUAGUAUGUUUACCACAUAAGUUGUAAAAAAAAAAAAAAAAAAAAAAA